CAUUCCCUCCCCAUGGAUUUAGUGAAAGCUGAUACCAUUAGAUGUAGCCCUCCUACUUAUCUCCCCCUCCCACUCUUUUCAGCUUCUGUGUUUCUGGUGAGAACAAACUAAAUUCACAAGACCUGCUGGAAGAAAGAUUCAGACACACAACAUUGCCUCUCUGCUGCAUCAAUUUUCACUUCAAACCUUCGCAUAUUUUUACGGCACAGCUGAACAAAAUUGAUAUGUGUUACGCGGGAUUGGAGCUGUCUUCGGGUUCUAACAACAAUUUAAAGGGAUUGUUUGGGAUCUAGUACCGCAACGCCUCAAACCCUCGGAAGUUAUGCUUUCGAGACACCUGCGAAGACAACCUGGGAAAAGAAGUCUUCCUUGACUAAUUCCUGGUAGACAAAGGAAUUGUCAACAGCAAUGGCCGUUCAAGCUGCAAUCAUGAACCAUCACUUUAUGCCCUUGUAUUUUCCGGGAUCCCAUGUGGGUUUCGAGAAAGCCUAUCACGAAGGGGUUGAAUUUCUCGGUGCCGUUGAAACCGGCGGCGACUAUAAAGAGUCUAGCAAGGACUUGCUUAGUUUCAUCAACUCGGCUUCCAGCAACAUCAAGCUGGCCUUGGACAAACCCGUGAAGUCCAAACGGAAGGUCAAUCAUCGGAAGUAUCUGCAAAAACAGAUUAAAAGAUGCACAGGGAUGAUCGGUAACGGCAACCCAAGCCAAGGGUCUCCUAAAGGACCGUUAGCAUCACCCAGUAGCACCAGCCCUCAAAGCUAUCACUGUAAACCACCUCCAAAGAGGGACAGCACCCAGACCAACUUGCAAAGCAAAAGUCUAGCGGCCCUGUUUGACAACACCAAGGAAGUCCGCGGAGAAAGAUGCAAAAAAGUUCCCCUGAGGAAUCGCAACCUCCCUCCGUCUUUUUUCACUGAGCCUGCUAAUUGUUCGUCAGGGCUUCUGUCCAAUUCUGUCGAAACUUUAAAAGAGUUGGAUAAGGCCAGUCAAGAGACCAUGGAGUAUUUUGACCUGUUGGACUCGGAUUACAACAACAUGAUCUCAGAGCAAGAGAUCAUUCAGGGAGCGUCAAUGAGGAUACACCAGGACAUCACGGCGGAGCAUUCUAUGUAUGAGCCACAUCAUUUGCUAAACGGGAUCCUUUAUUCUGACCCCUGGAAUCCAUGUAAUCUCAUUAAAAAGAGUCCCGUGGGAACUUGCAGUGCAAACCCCAAUGAUAAUUCGAAAUGCCUACCAAUGCCAGGGAUGGUCUUCACCGGUAAUGGUGACUCAAGCCUUCCCGCUGCGAUAGAAGACAACUGUUCUACACUGACUUCAUUUACUCCCUGCUACACUGAAUGCUCCUUGCCCCAAAUGUUUUACGACUAUAACUCAGGAUACAACAGAAUUGGCUAUCCUGUUCUGUAGAUGAAAAUACUUCUCUAAAGUAGCUUCAGAAGAGAGGUGUGCAAUAAAAUAGUCAAUGCAAACUAGUGGCAACCCUAAAAAGUUUGGACAGAUGUCUGCAAGUAUAAUUAACUAUAAAAAAAUACACUUUUUUUUACUUUUUGCUUUUUUUUUUUUUAAGUACAUUUUUUUAAAUUUUACUUUGAAUUUUUUUAUUUUUAAUAUAAUAACAUAAGCUAUUAUAUGUUUUAUAUUCCUGAAUAGAACAUGGUUUCCAACCACAGAAAGCCAUAUUUUUUAUUUUCAGGAGUGUAUCUAUGUAAAACCAAUAUGGGGGUCUAUUUAGACCUGUUUUCACACUUAGGCUUCAUUUCCAUGGACGUUUUUGGACGUUUUUACAGCCACUUUUCUGAGCGUUUUUUGCAGCUUAAAAAC